AUGAUCCAUAGAGAUUCCUAUUUGCAAAAUGUUCGCAAAAUGCAGGAUGAAUUUUUGUAUUUAUCGCCAAAUGUUGAUAAUUCAACGAUAGAAAUUGUUAUUGAUAAUUUGAUCGAAGCAACGUUCAGUGCGUUCGAGGCAGGAAUAAGAUUGAAUGAUUUUCAUAUAAAUUCAACAUUGAAAUGGAAUCUGCCAUCAGCAAUUUUUUUCACCACAACGCUUCUUACAUCGAUCGGUUAUGGAAAUCUCGUUCCAAUUACAAAAUUUGGUCGUCUUUUUUGCGUUGGAUAUGCCUCAUUCGGCAUACCACUAAUGUUAAUAACAAUUGCUGAUUUGGCUAAAAUGUUACUGGAACUUACUGAUACAAAAAAAAACUCGAUAAUUGUAACUAAACCAAAUAGCGUAAUUCAAACCUCAGUUAUACUACUGGUACUUAUAUAUUUGACAGCAGCUGCAAGUAUUUUUACAUUAUUCGAAACUGCCUGGUCAUUCCUCGAUUCGUUCUAUUUCUGCCUUAUUACACUGACAACUGUUGGAUUUGGUGAUUUGGUACCAUACGGUGAUGAAAAAUAUAUAGCUGGAACCAUAGGUUUCAUCCUAAUCGGUUUAAUAUUAACGACAUUGACAGUCGAUACAAUCGGUUCAGUAUAUAUUGAAAGAAUUCACGCAUGGGGACGUGGUCUGGAUGCGCGGAGUUUUCUUAACGCGAUUCGCAAUAACAAAAAUAACUUUUGGUUAUUGGCAUAUGUUCCCAAGGACAUUCAUGUUAUACCUUUCAUUGACUGUAUUAAUUUAAGUAAAGAUUAA